AUGCUGGGAACUGGGAAGCUUUCACUCCGCGGGCACAGGCACCAUACUCAUUGUGAUCAUUCCGGGUCCCUCGGAGGGGCUGCGGGACAAAUAGUGAAGACUGAAAGAGGGACUCGAUCCAUGGUUUGCCGACCCGGACUGAGAGCCAGUAGUGAAGCAGCAUGGCGGAAGAUCCAGUGUUGGGACCGAAGAGUCCGAUCAUUAGCAGAUGCUCUCGCUGAUUCGUCUCUUCGGACUUCCUUCGUAUCCGAUGUGAGGACGGCUUGGGUGAAUGUUUGUCCGUUAGUUGCUACUGUUCACUGUCUUGAGUUAUACGCUCAUACUGGAGCAGCAGAGAUCCACGCUGGAUGCCAGGUGCUCGUGUCGAUCUGUUGGACUUUCGGUUCUGUGGGCCAUGACACAGAUAUACUAUCGGGCUCGGUGAUGGGAAGUAGACGACUCGGCCAAUCCUCUACCGAUGUAUUGUCUGAUGUCUCUGCUCAAUAG